AUGUUAUUUUAUCGCUUUGUGUUUAUUUUGUGUAUUUGUGUAAAUUUUGAUGCCUUAAUUGGUGUUUUUGCGCACGUUAACAAAUCUAACGGGAAUGAAUACAAAAAAGUUAUUAAUAAUAUUAAUAAUAUGCUGCCUGCUUAUAUAAUUGCUUCGAAAGCUGAUCUUGUUAACUCAACUAUAUGCGGAAAGGAAUUACGAGACUUUCGCGACGCCGUGGAUCAACGAAUAUUAUGGAGUUUAAAAAUGCUGGAUUCUAGCGGUGGAUUUCAACCAGGCUUUCUUUAUGGAAAUAAUUACUGGCUGGGAAGUCGUAGUCAGUGUCUCGAUACGAUGAAUACAGCUCCUCUAGAAAUCGCAAAGCGACAUAUAUUAAAUAAUACGAUAUAUCGUGAUCCACAAAAGGAAUUUCCGCCUUUCGAAGUAAAUUACUUUGUUGCUCAUUUCAAACACAACAGUACCCUCCAAUACCACAUGAAUCUCGGUACAAAUGAAGAUAUAAUUACGCUCGGUCUUUGUUUACCAGCAUCAUGUUGUAUAAAUGAUCUAAGUUUAAUUCUGAAAAAAAUAUUUCGCGAUAGAGUUUUCUCUAUCAGUGACCUUUAUUCCAUGGAUUUCAAAUUGAUCGAGGUUAAAAAUCUGAAAGACGAACAACAAUGGUUACUUAAUGAUACGAUAUUCUUCAUCUGUAUUUUAGCGUUUACUUUUUUCAUAAUGAUAAUCGGAACAAUAUACGACAUAUUUGUGCAUCAAAAAAAGGAAAAAUCUUUAGUUCUAAAGGAUGAAACUGCAACUAAUGUGAUGAACAUACCCGAGAAAAUGAAAAUAACAUCGUUUUUACAUCGAGAAAGUAGAAUUGGAAACAUACUAAUAUGUUUUUCCGUAUACACAAAUACAAAAAUAAUAUUUCGCACGGAAUUGGAUGCCGACGCAGUAUCUACUAUUCACGGUUUAAAAUUUCUAGGUAUGAGUUGGUUAGUUUUUAUUCAUACCUUAUACUUCAUGCUGGAUUAUAUCGAUAAUAAAGCAUUAUCAAUGAGAUUCACCUUGGAUUCCGUCCUUCAUAUAUUAUUUAAUCUAAUCAUGCCAGUAGACACCUACUUUUUUUCAAGCGGAUUUUUAGUAACCUAUUUAUAUUUGAAAGAUAAAAUGGGCAAAGAAAAUACUAGGUCGAUUAAAUACAAAGAAAAAUUAAAUGAAUUCUUUAUUCAUAUAAUAAAAAGAUUUAUUCGGUUGACACCUGCAUACAUGAUGAUGAUAGGAAUAGUGCAAUUAAAUUCGGCUUGGUACGACAUGAAUUCACAAUUUUACCCAAAACAUAGACUGUACGAAAUUUGCGCGAAAUAUUCGUGGAGAAAUCUGUUAUACAUAAAUAAUCUAUUCGAUUUAGAUUCGAUGUGUAUGCUUUGGAGUUGGUAUUUAGCCAAUGACAUGCAAUACUUUAUAAUUGCUAUUGCGCUAUUGAUUUUGUCAACUGUGUACUUUUACAUAGCUGCUGCCAUUCUGGGUGCACUUUUAAUAGGCUCAAUUGUACUUACCGGUUAUAUUUCAUAUAUUUACGAAUUUGUUCCGACGUUAGAUGAACAACGAAGACUUGUAAGUGUCUUCUACUAUCCCCCAUGGAUCAGAAUAGGACCAUAUAUUAUUGGCAUAAUUACAGGUUACAUUAUAAGAAGACUAAAUAAAAAGUUGCUCUUAAAAAAAAAAACUGUGAUUUUAUGUUGGUGUCUUAGUAGUGCGUGUAUUAUUUUCGUGUGCCUUUCUCCGUUAGUUUUUUAUAAACAGAACGUAUCUAUUCUGUAUGCCGCUAUCUAUGUUGCAUUAAGUAGAACACUUUGGGCCAUUGGUAUAGCAUGGAUUGUAAUAGCUUGUUUUACUGAGCAUGGUGGUAUUGUUAAUCAGUUAUUAUCAUUCAAAGUCUUGAUCCCUUUUAGCAAACUUACUUAUUGUGUUUAUCUCGUACAUCCCUUUGUCAUACAAUCGAUUAAUCUGUCUAGUGAAACACCCGUUCAUUUGCAAUUACUGCCUGUGGUUAUUAUGUUUAUAGGAUACUUCGUGAUUAGUUACAUUUGCGCUUACGUAUUGUCUUUAAUGGCAGAAAUACCGUAUAUCUCACUAAUACGAAUGUUCCGUCAAUCUCGCAAUAAUAAAAAAUAUCCACAGCGCAAAAUAUCGUAAUAUUGCAUGUCAAAUUAUAAUCAAAAUACUGCAAUAUUGAAAUAUAUUAACGUAAAAGUAUAAUAUUUUCCCGUUUCAUAAAAAAUUCUUUGUUUCAUAAAGGGACGUCAAAAGAUCGUAUAGCGUCAUAUCAAGUGUAAUACACAGUCAGACAGAUCGUACAUAUCUAUAUGUGAUUCAUCUAGUUAAGUACUUUAGAUUAUCGGAUCUCAGUUACACUUAAAUUGAUUAAAUUUAUAAUAGACUUAAUCGAUAGUUUGAAUUCCUAUUAUUUAUAAAAAUGUCAUUAUUUUUAUCAUAUAGUUGUCAUAUACUUGUUCUACUUGUGCUUUAAAUGAAGAUAUCACAAAAUAUUUGAUUAUUUUUACUUGUAUUAAAAUUUACAAAUGGAAAUAAAAGCCAUAAAAUAAAUUUUGUUUAUCAAUUAUGUAAGAUAAUAAUCGCACAUAUCACAUAUAUGUGUUACGCGCUUUAUAAUAAUUUAAUUUUUGCAUAAAUGUAUCAAGUAGUAAUCGUAUUGCCCACUUUUA